UUCCGUAAAAAUUAACCAAAGUACAUAAAUUGGGCCGUUAUAGGGAUAACGCCUCGCCCUCGCCUUCGACGGACAACGUUCAGCAUCCCCGUUCGAGAGUCAAGACCAGUCCACUAGUUCUGUUCAAGGACCUCCAAUUCGAUCGCCUCAGGCAGGUUCUGGAAACCACCGGAUUCGAGAUAGCCUUCAGCGCAAAUACUAAGGUUUCCGCAAAGAAGGUCUUCCUGCGAGUCUUUCAUCAGCCUUCCAUCAUGGAAAACGGCCCUUCUCGCCCGCUCCAAGUGGACCAAAUUCCGCCUCGCACCGAACCCCUGAAGCUCCAUAACUCCCGCGAGAUCGUCAAGCAAGGGCUCUACCAGCUACGCAAAGUGGAUACGGUGCAGGACCUGUCACGUGCUGGCAUUGACCCAGCCAUACCCGCUGAUCAACCGAGUGGAUCCUCGAUGUAUAAGGAUGCUGACGAUGUGGGCGAGGUAGCCUCUUCCUCUUCUUUUGCCUCAGCCACUGAGUUCAAAGAUUUGGACGACGAUGUAUCCAAAGACGAGUUUUUGGACUGUGAAAACUUCUAGAGAACAGUAACACCAACAGCAGAACCAUAUCCAUACCCAUAAAAAUAGCAAUAGCAAUAGCCGUCUCAUCGAUCAGUAGAAAUUAAUAAAAUGCUCAAUAAAUUCGCUCGAGUCGAAAGCUCAUAAAAA